AUGAACCUGGUGGGGGGCUACCAGCACCACCACCACCACCACCAUCACCACCACAUGCUGCACGACCCCUUCCUCUUCGGCCCGGCUGCGCGGUGCCACCAGGACCGUGCCUAUUUCCCUGGCUGGGUGCUCAAUCCUGCUGAGGUGACUCCCGAGCUCGCCGGGCAAAGCCCUAGCUACGGCCCCGCCGAGUACGGCCCGGCCGGACAGGGACGGCUGGAGGCUCUCAGUGGCCGCCUGGGCCGGCGGAAAGGGGUCGGGGGACCCAAAAAAGAGCGACGGAGGACGGAGAGCAUCAACAGCGCUUUCGCCGAGCUCCGCGAAUGCAUUCCCAACGUGCCCGCCGACACCAAGCUCUCAAAAAUCAAGACCCUGCGCCUGGCCACCAGCUACAUCGCCUACCUAAUGGAGGUACUGGCCAAGGACAGCCAGCCCGGGGACACCGAGGGCUUCAAAGCCGAGAUCAAGAAGGCUGACGGCAGGGAGAACAAGAGGAAAAGGGAGACGCAGCCCGAGGUCUACUCGCAGCCUUUGGGCCACGGCGAGAAGAAGCUGAAGGGCCGGACAGGCUGGCCUCAGCAGGUCUGGGCUCUGGAACUGAACCCCUGA